CAGAAAACAACAGGAAGAUAUCUUAGUGGGAACUACCCCCAUCAACUUCACCAUGAGUCAAACAAGGAAGAAAACUUCCUCAGAAGGAGAAACUAAGCCCCAGACUUCAAUUGUCAACAAAUUUCUCAGGGGCUCCAAAGCUGAAAGCAGAAAACAGAACAAUGACCUUAAAACAACUGAUUCCCAACCCAGCGACUGGAUACAGAAGACAGCUACCUCAGAGACUGCUAAGCCUCUCAGUUCAGAAAUGGAAUUGAGAUCCAGUAUGGAGAAAAAUGAUCAGUUCCUGCAGAAGCUGGGCAAAAAGGCUGUCAACAGGUGUCUAGAUUUGAAUAACCGUGGAUUAACAACAGCGGACAUGAAAGAAAUGGUUGCCUUGCUGCCUUUUCUCCCAGACUUGGAAGAACUGGAUAUCUCCUGGAAUGAUUUUGUAGGUGGAACCCUCCAUUCCAUUACUCAGCAAAUGCAUCUGGUCAGCAAGUUAAAAAUCUUGAGGCUGGGUAGCUGCAGACUUACCACUGACGAUGUUCAAGCACUGGGAGAAGCACUUGAGAUGAUUCCUGAACUUGAAGAGCUAAAUUUGUCUUGGAACAGUAAAGUGGGAGGAAAUUUGCCUCUGAUCCUUCAGAAGUUCCAAAAAGGGAGCAAGAUACAAAUGAUUGAGCUUGUGGAUUGCUCCCUCACGUCAGAAGAUGGGACAUUUCUGGGUCAACUUCUACCUAUGCUGCAAAGUCUUGAAGUACUUGAUCUUUCCAUUAACCGAGACAUUGUUGGCAGUCUGAACAGUAUUGCUCAGGGAUUAAAAAGCACCUCAAAUCUGAAAGUACUGAAGUUACAUUCAUGUGGAUUAUCACAAAAGAGUAUCAAAAUAUUGGAUGCUGCUUUUAGGUAUUUGGGUGAGCUGAGGAAAUUAGAUCUUUCCUGCAAUAAGGAUCUAAGUGGAGGUUUUGAAGACUUGCCGGCUCAGUUGGUCAUGCUAAAGCAUCUGCAAGUCCUAGAUCUUCACCAGUGCUCACUAACAGCAGAUGACGUGAUGUCACUGACUCAGGUCAUUCCUUUACUCUCAAAUCUUCAAGAAUUGGAUUUAUCAGCCAACAAAAAGAUGGGCAGUUCUUCUGAAAACUUACUCAGCAGGCUCCGAUUUUUACCUGCACUGAAGUCAUUAGUUAUCAACAACUGUGCUUUGGAGAGGGAGACUUUUACAGCUCUCGCUGAAGCCUCUGUUCACCUCUCUGCUCUGGAAGUAUUCAACCUUUCUUGGAACAAGUGUGUUGGUGGCAACUUAAAGCUGCUUCUGGAAACACUAAAGCUUUCCAUGUCUCUUCAAGUGCUGAGGCUGAGCAGCUGUUCCCUGGUGACAGACGACGUGGCUCUCCUGGCAUCGGUCAUACAGAUGGGUCAUCUGGCCAAACUGCGAAAGCUGGACCUGAGCUACAAUGACAGCAUCUGUGAUGCAGGGUGGACCAUGUUCUGCCAAAACGUGCGGCUCCUCAAAGAGCUAAUCGAGCUGGAUAUUAGCCUUCGACCAUCAAAUUUUCGAGAUUGUGGACAAUGGUUUAGACACUUGUUAUAUGCUGUGACCAAACUUCCUCAGAUCACUGAGAUAGGAAUGAAAAGAUGGAUUCUCCCAGCUUCACAGGAGGAAGAACUAGAAUGCUUUGACCAAGAUAAAAAAAGAAGCAUUCACUUUGACCAUGGUGGGUUUCAGUAAACUGAUUUCCCAUGUCCUACUAAGCUACAAACCAUUCUCCAAAGGAAAAGAACCUAAACGAAUUCCAGAGUCAUGAACUGAAUUUCAACUUCUGGGCCGUUUAAUGGGACUUGUAUUACAAGAGCUUUGUAAAUAUAUGUAUAUUUAUAAUAUCUAAUAUGAGCAUGCCAUUAUUCUCUGUCUUAUGAAACAAAAAUGGCAUUCUUCAAUGGAUUUGUUGUGGAUAUAUAAUUAGUUCAUUUGCUAUUUAGAAGCCUUGCCAAAAGUGUUUAGAUUUCGGUACUGCAACUGCUUUUCUCUUGCCCAGAAAUGUUUUGCCUCUUCUUUUCCUACAAGUUAAAUGUUCUAAAUAUAAUGGGGUGUGUGUGUGUGUGUGUGUGGGUGUGUAAUUCUAAUGUGAAAGGCACUAGCUGUCUAAUAGUUUCAUGUAUCAUUACUAUUACUAUAUGUAUCUUAAUGUGGUCUAUGUAGGUUUUUAUCAGAAAGUGUACCCUUCUAUGGUUUAUUAUUUUAUAUUCUGGUGCCUUUUAUCUCAGAUACAAACCAUGAACAGUAAUGAUAGUCACUGACAUAUACAUCUUAGUAAAAAGUGAUUAAAAAUUUAAAACCCAGUAUGAAAAACACAUCUUGUUAGAAUAAAUUAAAACCUUUUAUUGUUUAAAAAAAAUUGUUAACAUAUUGCCUCCAGGCAUUUCUUUGAAAUGGAAUUUGCCUCAUAAAACUAAUUUAGUUCAUU